AUGUGCUUGCCAAUUUUCUUAUUUUUUGUAAAAUCAAUCUUGAAAAACUUUAUAAGAUAAUAAAGAGAUCCGUAGCUAGAAUACGUUCCAAAAAGGACAGGACAGAAAAAUUUGUAAUAUAACAGAACGAAGCUAGAAAAUAUGAUAGAAAAACAAACAUUUGAUGUAUAUGAUCAUUAAUAUUUAGCUAACACUUAAUUAAAAGGUAAAUCUUUCAUGGAAUUGAUAAAUAAUGAUUUAAUUGACUGUGGUCAACAAACUAACAACAAUUAGCAAGCAUCCAAUAAUGAGAUAAUUAAUAAUGUAAGAGGUGAUAAAAAUGAAGAUACUAAACAGGAACUCUCAGAUGACAGCUUUGAUAAAACUUUUAGACAGAAAAGAUAAAAUAAAAUUAUAAGUAAUUAGUACAUUAAUAAUAAGGAUUACUCAAAAUGA